GUGUGCAGUGCAGUGAAAGGCUUGCGCACUGGGCAAAUUAGUUAAGAAGAAACUGGAAAUCAACUCGCCUAUUGAAGUAAAUCCUAGGCAGAGGCCCAUAUAAUAAGUGCAGUGUAUGGAGUGUGUGCCCCUAUACAUCAACAUAUACAAGCAUAUAAAUUGCACACACACACAUGCACACAUACAUACAUAUUUGUCAUAUGUUAGCACGGCUGAUAAACUCUGCGUUGAGUUGAAGAAGUGAAUCAUUUGUUUGGCUCCAGUUUUGAGUUGGUCUCGCUUGUUUUGUUUGUGUAACCCGAAGCCCAUUAGUUUGUAGAUACCACAUAGUUGUUGUGGCGCUGGCCUAACUAAAAUGUUAAGCUCUUUGCAUUCGCAGACAGUCGCGUCAUAGAACCCAACGAGUGCGCAACACCCACAAUAACGAAAAAAACCAAAACAACAAGCAAGCAAGUAAUUUUUUGGAACCUUCGCACCCAGCAUUAGAGUGACCAGCCCCUACACGCAACACAGAGUGACCAGCCAACUAAGAGGGGGAACAACAUCAACAACAACAUGUCGCAGGCAUUGAACAAUCCCACGAGCAGCACGCAUCGUGAUUAUGGCGCCACAUCAAGUGCCACGCCCGAUGUGAGCUUUGCUGCCACCUCCAGCGGCAACUCCGGCUUCAGUCCCACGGAGUUCGUGUCGCUCAGCGAGGACAUCGGCAACAACAUCACCGCGGUGAACAGCAGUACCAAGCAGCUGGAGAAGCAGCUGAAAUUGAUUGGUACCGCCAAGGAUUUGUCCUCGCUGCGCGAUAAGAUUCACAGUAUCAAUACGAAGACAAAUGCACGGGUUCAGACCACCAGUCAGGAUCUGCAGCGUCUGCAGGCGGUGGUGCAACAUGGCGAUCGUCAGCAGAAGCUGCAGCUGGAGAAGCUGACGCAGGAAUUUCACACGGUUGUCGACAAAUACUCGAAGCAACAGAAACGUAUCUCGGAGGCAACGCGACAGAGCUAUCAAGUGGCUGCCGAUGCGGAGCGUGAGGCAGAAUUGACGGCACGCACUGAGUUGUUGCAGCAACAGCGUCAAGAUCAGGCUGGACUCGAGAGGCAGCAUGAUUUGCUGGUGGAGCGUCAGCGGCAAGUGGAGCAAAUUGAGGCGGAUAUUCUGGAUGUGAAUGUCAUCAUGAACAAGCUAAGCACUAUGGUGGUGGAGCAGCGCGAGGUGGUGGAUAAUAUUGCAACCAAUAUUGAAAAUACCGCUGCCAUGGUGGAGGAAGGACGCAGUGAGCUUCAGAAGGCGGCUGCCAGUCGGAAUAGCCAUCGUCGUAAGAUACUGAUACUAUUAGUGAUUGCUGUGAUAAUAGGUUUAAUUGUAACUGGCAUUAUAGUCGGCAAAUUGAGUUAAUUGUUUCAAAAGUAUAUUCUAUAUAAAUCGAUAUAUAUAUAUUAUAAUACAUGUAUACCACAGUACACACAUACAUUUAUACACAUACACACACACAUUAAUAAUUAAAAGUUUUGUAAAACUAUUUUUAUAAAAACAAAAUAAUAAUAAUGCAUUAUUCACAAAGUGAGUUAAAAAGCGCGCGCCAAGCGUGCAAAGACAAAAAGAAAAGGCGAAACAAAUUAAAUAGAAAAUUCGAGGUCGAAAUCCCGAAGCGCGUUGUAGAUUUUAGUUAUGUGUAUUAACAACAAAAAUUAAUUAAUUAUACUUAUAAAAUAUACAUACGUACAAGCAAAGGAAAAUCCCAUUUAAAAUUACAUAACGAACAAAACUACAAAAAUAUUCAACGCUUUUAAAUGUUAACUCAUUUCCUGUUAUAAAACAAAACAAAAUAUCAAUACAAUCAUUUCGGUUUUUGCAUUGAAUGUACUGUACAAUUUGUUUUUCUAGUUAAGCAGGCAAAUAAUAUACGUUGAACGAAUAAUCACCCUGUUCUCGGUUGGUAGCUUAUCGGUAUAUUUGCUUAAGAAAUCAAAAAUUAAAUUUAUAUAAUCCAUAUCGACAAUUUGUU